GUAAAUCUCCCUAUUUGUGGGUAAUUUCAAUAAGGAACUGUUAUUCCGAAAUUCUUCCCUCCGCUCCGAUCCGAGUCGAAUUGUUUAUUCUUCAGUGUUUAUUGUUUAAUAGAAUAAGGAAUUAUUAGGAAACUAUGAUGCAAGCAUACCGAUUUAGCGUCAAUUUUAACUAAAAUAGCAUUUUUAAUUUGUUUUAAUUAUAUUACUGAUUUUUAUGAAAAAUGUCUAGUAGUUCCGUAGAAGACAUUCCUGAUCAGUGCAAAGACUUAUUUACCCAGGAUGGGGUGCUUCUCAAAGCUUGCAUCGGGCGCCCUGUCACAGACCUCAACUCUAUUGGAAUGUUGUGCAUAGUUCAGAAUGUAGACAACACAAAGUGUAUAGAGUGGCGUCCCAAUGAUUUGAUCACAAUCGAUUCUGACACUCAGGACCAAGAAUGGGCUGUGGUCAACACUAUUGGCCGCCGACAGCGUACAUUGAGUGGCAACAUAACUUCUGAUUACGCAACUGCUCGCGCUCGCAUCAUAAGGAUACCGCUCGAAGAUCUCAAGACAUUCCGUGUGACGAGGAACAAUCAACAGAUGCAGUUCUCAACUAAACCAGGAGUUUGGCAGAGCACUUUUUAUUUCCAGCAUGGCAACGCUGAGAUAUUUGUAGCUUACCUAAAGAACCACGUUAAAACGGCUAAGACAAGACACGACAGGAACACUUAUGUUGUGGUAGAACCGAAUGUUGAGAGUCAAGUACUAAACAAAUCCUUUGCCGAACUGGAUAUAUUCACUGAGAACACUACAGAUGUUGUUUGGAAUCUCGUCUCUAAUUUCAAACAGAGACCUUAUGAGACAACAAUGGAAGCGUUUUCGAAACUAACGGACAUAGUAUAUUACGGCAAUGAGGCUACGAACGGUAAGAGAGAUGUCUCCGAGGAAGUUGCUGAUCUGCUGACCAAGAGUAUGAGUGCGUUGGAGGACGCGACCUCAGUGACUAGGAACGACGAGUACGAGGUGAUCAGCGUCAAGCCCACGUUACCUCCCCGACCCAGCAUACCCAGGGGAACUCCUUUGUCAGCCGAAAAGUGGGAAGGUCUCCAGGACACCGAAGGCCGCGUCACAGAAGUUGAGGGUGUGAAGCAGCUGAUAUUUAGAGGGGGUGUUGCACACUCUAUAAGACAGACCGUGUGGAAGUACCUUCUGGACUAUUACCCGUGGCACAUGACUCACGCGCAGUUACGCGUUCUACAUAAGAAAAAGACUGAAGAAUACUUCUCGAUGAAGUUGCAGUGGAGAUCGAUGACCGAAGGCCAAGAGUCCAGGUUCACAGAAUACAGGGACAGGAAGAGUUUGGUCGAGAAGGACGUGAAUAGAACGGACAGGACGCAUCCGUUCUUCGCCGGGGACGAUAAUCCUAAUUUAGUGGUGCUAAGUGAUAUUUUGAUGACAUACGUGAUGUAUAACUUUGACUUGGGUUAUGUGCAAGGCAUGAGUGAUAUAUUGGCCCCACUGUUGUUACUGCUGGGCAACGAGGUGGACAGCUUCUGGUGCUUUGUAGGGUUCAUGGAGAAGAUAGCGUCAAACUUCGACAUGGACCAAGCGGGCAUGAAGCACCAGCUGCUCCAGCUGCAGCAGCUGUUGACGUUCGCGAGCCCCGAGCUGGCGCGCCACCUGGCCGCGAAGGACUCGGGCAACAUGUACUUCUGCUUCAGGUGGCUGCUGGUCUGGUUCAAGAGGGAGUUCUCACACAGGGACAUUAUGAGGCUAUGGGAAGUACUAUGGACUGGGUUGCCCUGUAACAAUUUCCAUUUACUGAUCUGUGUUGCCAUACUCGACGCAGAAAAAGACAGUCUUAUAAGUAGAGACUGUGGUUUUACCGAAAUAUUAAAGCACGUGAACGACCUAUCCAUGUGCCUAGACGUGGACAGGAUAUUGAGUUCCGCGGAAGGUAUAUACCACCAGAUACUGUCGGCGCCACAUCUCACCGACCAGAUCAGGGUGAUACUCGGCUUGCCCACCGUUGGCACCUCCACUAGCUCAGAGGAAGUGGCUUCAACCUCUCAAGCUGACAACGGUACGGUGGAAGAUAGCGAUCACUCUCUUUAUGGGAAAGACAUGGAGGAAGGUACACUCAAAUAUGACGGGAUUGAAAUAUAUAUUGUAUCGAAAACUGUGUGGGCCUUGCUCUCUUGAGGUCUGUACUUUUAAAUAUAUAAUGAUAAUAGACUGGAAUAGAGUGAUAUUUUUAUACUUUUUUUAUAUAGAAAUUGUGAAAAUCUUGUUUGUCUGUUAUUUGAGGUGAAAUGUAAUCAAAUCAAAACUCAUGAUUAGGCUGGGGCUGAGAAAAUAAAUGUUUUUAAAUUAUCAAACCUAAAAGUUGAAAAAAGACGUAUCGUCAAUAAAAGUGCAAUGUGGUCUUAGCCUUACUUUAUCAGUUUCAAAAGAUAAUUUAAAUAAAAAUGCUCACCCACCGAUUAUAUUCUUCUUGCCAUAAUUUAUCAGUAAGAGCUAACAAUACUGAAAUUACACACUGCACUGCAAAUAGGAGACAAAUAAUUAUUAUAUUUCAUUGGUAUGUUAUUAUUUGUAACCAAUCUAAAUUAUAUUGCAUAGAACGUCAGGUUAUACAGAUAUGUCAAUUUUAACUUCACUUGAUUUUAAACCUUAAAGUAUUGAAAAUAGAGUUCAAAAUUAAUUUAAAAAUUUGUCAUUUUGAAGUGAUCUGAUGUACUGCCGUGUGCUACUUUAUCAGCGAUGUUUCUUUAUUUCGGGAAUUAAAUACGAUUUUAUGUUUAGAAUAUAACUUAGGUUUAACUUAUAAAUUUGAAUUGAUACAUAAUAAUUUGGGAUGUAUUGAUAUCGAUGAAUGUGAUGAAAAUAUUGAUGCCUUGUGAUUUACGACAAAAAUAUUUUAGUGAUAUAUUAUGAUAAAGCUAUUGUUUAUUUGCAAACUUUUAUUUUAAAUACAUUGUAAGUUUGAUUGACUUAUUAAAAUUAUUUUUAUGUGUGUGUAGAUACUCAGUGGGUACUCUGCCGUAUUAUUAUUGGUAAGGUUAUAAAAAAAAAAACAGUUAUCUAUCUGGACAUUGUUUCUCAGCAUGUUUGGAUUCAUAAAAUAAAUACAUAAAAUUACAAUAUAAUAAUAACCUAUUUAUGAUCUAUAUUAAUUUGAGCAUUUAUAUAUAUUUUAUUACAACAGCUGACAUGGUUAUCGCUUAUCACCCUGAUUUUAUUGACAUUAUUAUAGUUCAUAUACAGGUCAUAUUCAUACAAUUUGUUGAUGUUACUAUAAUUUUCAAUGAGCACUGGUUGAGAAACAGUACCAUUUGGAAUAAUCAUUGAAGUUUGAUAAACUAUUAAUUUCAAAGAGCCAUAAGAAUUUCAAUUUUCAAAUUUCAGUUUAACGUUUUUAUUUAAUUGCAAUGCACGAAAAAAAAUCUAUUUCCUUUAUAUUAAUAUCUUAGACACAAAUACUUGUAAGGUCUGUUUUCAUUUGUCAAAUGAUAUUAAAGUUUUGUAAGUU